GUCCCGAUAUCGAACCCCCUCUCCCCAGACUCCCUCUUGUCGCCUUAUGGUUGUACAUGCCUCUCGAAACGAACGCCGCAUUCGAUAACGAGCACAACAGACAACGUGCAUCCUCUGCUGUACGGAGGCACAGCAGCGUUACAUCGCAGUCUACCAUCUGCAAGUUGUGCCUGCCUGUUGGACUCCCGAGUCCAGACGCCGGAGCUGGCCACUCCCCCCGCUACGGUCCGUCGCCACCAGCACUGCGUACAUACCACGCCAACACAACGACGGCGAAUUGCCGUAUGCUCGUCCUCAAGGCAUCCCAAGUGUAGUUAUACCGAGUCGACGCUCACUGCACGCGCCGCGGCCGCUCCGCCUCGACAUCGCCGCCAUGGACAAGAUUACAGACAAGAUCGCGGCCUUGCCGCCAGAUGCCGAGUACUUCUCGCUCGAAUUCUUCCCGCCCAAGACGGCAAUGGGUUUCUCCAACCUGCGACACAGAUUGCAGAGAAUGGAACAGGCCCUGCGGCCGCUCUUUGUCAACGUCACCUGGGGAGCCGGCGGUUCCACGGCCACAAAGUCGCUCGAGCUGGCCGAGCUGUGUCAGCGCGAGCUCGGUCUCACAACAUGCCUGCAUCUUACAUGCACCAACAUGAGCCGCCGCCUCAUCGACAAGGCCCUUGAAGACGCCAAGGUCCUCGGCAUUCGCAACAUCCUUGCCCUCAGGGGCGACCCGCCGCGCAACGAAGAGUACCGCACCGCCGACGACACCGACGACGGCGCCGCCGAGGAUUUUACCUGGGCCGUUGACCUGGUGCGCUACAUCCGCAGCAAGCAUGGCGACUACUUUUGCAUCGGAGUCGCAGCGUACCCCGAGGGUCAUGCCGACGAGAGCCACCCCAUGGGCCAGAGCCUCGAGCACGACCUGCCGAGCUUGGUAGACAAGGUCCAAGCUGGAGCCGACUUUAUCAUGACGCAACUCUUCUUCGACAUUGUCGCCUACGACAAUUUCGAAAAGACCCUAAGAGAGCACCCCAGCGGCGCCUUCAAGGACAUCAUCAUAAUGCCCGGUCUCAUGCCCAUUCAGAGCUACCAAAUGAUCAAGCGAACGACCAAGCUCAGCCACGCCAAGAUGCCCGAAGCCAUCAUGUCCCGGCUGAACGCAGUCAAGGGUGACGACGAAAAGGUGAAGCUCGUCGGCGUGGACGUCAUCAGCGAACUCAUUGACCAGAUUCGUGUCAUCAAGAGCCGGAGUGCCGGUCGCAAAGGCUUCCACUUUUACACCCUCAACCUCGAAAAGGCCGUGGCUUUUAUUGUCGAGCGGACCGGCCUCAUUCCCGACACAUCUGAUAAUGAAGAGGCCGUCGUCGAAGAGACGAGCGCGGUCCCCACGCUACAGGUCAACGGCAACGUUCGCCUGCGCACAAGAAGUCACUCGCGGACUUCGAGGAGGCAGUCUUCGGUUGGAUCAGACCCCCACAACAGAGUCAUUGUCGGUAGCCAGCGCCCAUCCCACCCUGAAUGGGAAGCCAGCGGCCAAGAAGCCGGCGUCCCCGCCGAGGCCAUCAACUCGCGUGCCAACACUUUGGCCAUCUCGGAGGGCGAAGGCGUUCUGGGACGGGAGGCCACUUGGGAUGACUUUCCCAACGGUCGCUUCGGUGACUCCAGAUCCCCGGCAUACGGUGAGAUUGAUGGCUAUGGUGUCAGCCUCCACAUGUCUGUCGCGUCAGCCGUGAGGCUAUGGGGUCAUCCCAAGACUCGUCAGGACAUCAGCGAUAUCUUUGUGCGGCACAUGAAAGGUCAGCUCGAGGCCAUUCCCUGGAGCGAGGAAGAGCUCAUGCCCGAAUCGUCUGCGAUUCAGCCUCGGCUCGUCGAACUGAACAGCAAGGGCUGGUGGACCAUCGCCUCGCAGCCGGCCGUGAACGGCGCGCCCUCGAAUGAGCCAACGUUUGGAUGGGGCCCUCCCAACGGCUUCGUCUUCCAAAAGGCCUUUGUGGAGCUCUUCAUCCCCUCAUCGGACUGGAAAGCCCUGGCCGAGCGGCUGUGUGCGCCCGAGGUCCGUGGCGUCGUUUGCUUCUACUCGGCAAAUGCCAAGGGCGAGUUCGCCUCGUCGGACGUGAGCGGCGCGGCCAACUCGUCUGCCGGCGAGGCCAGCACCAACGCGGUGACGUGGGGCGUGUUUCCGGGCAAGGAGAUUGUGACGCCGACCAUUAUCGAGGAGGUGAGCUUCAAGGCGUGGAGCGAGGAGGCGUUUGGUAUCUGGGGCGAGUGGGCCAAGGUCUACGGCCGGGGUUCGGAGAGCGAGAAGCUGCUUAACGGUAUUAAGGAGGAUUAUUGGCUGGUCAACAUCAUUCACCACGACUUUGUGGACAAGGAGGCGCUGUGGACGCUGCUCAUGGGUUAGCUGAGUAAGACGAGAGAGGGGGCCUGAACGUACAUGGCGAGGGAGUUGGGGAGAGAUUGGCGUUGGAAAAGAUAUCAUGGCCGGGUAGUUAUUCAACAGAUGCUGUAGAGCAACGACAACAACAACAAUACCUCUUGUAUCUUCCC